UCCUCCUCCUGUUCUCCGUCCUCCCCAUCCCUCCUGCUCCUCCUCCUCCUCCUCCUCAGGACACCAUCCCGUCCCACCCCUAAAGUGGGAACCCAGCACGGGCGGGCGGGAGGGAACACACACCUUAGCUUCAUUCAGGAUGAAGGGGCCCCUCAGUAGUGGUCCUCCUCCUCCUCCUCUUCCUCCUCCUCCUCCUCCUCCUCCUCGGGGCGGGGGGUCUUAACCUCCCCCUGGGGGCCGGGCACUGGACUCAGCGCUGAGGUGAUCGCAGUAACAGUUGGGCUAUUUGUUAAACGCUCACCGUGGGCCCGGGCACUGGACUCAGCGCUGAGGGUGACGCCGCCGCCGCCGCCGCCGUCCUCGCCGUCCCCGUCCCCCCGCGCCGCCGGGGAGGUGCCAUGGAGUUCCCGGAGCACAGCCAGCAGCUGCUGCAGAGCCUGCGGGAGCAGCGGGCGCAAGGCUUCCUGUGCGACUGCACGGUGCUGGUGGGCAGCACGCGGUUCCUGGCCCACCGCGCCGUGCUGGCCUCCUGCAGCCCCUUCUUCCAGCUGUUCUACAAGGAGCGCGAGCUGGACAAGCGGGACCUGGUGUGCAUCCACAACGAGAUCGUCACGGCCCCCGCCUUCGGCCUGCUGCUGGACUUCAUGUACGCGGGGCGGCUGGCCCUCCGGGGCGACACGCCCGUGGAGGACGUGCUGGCCGCUGCCAGCUACCUGCACAUGAACGACAUCGUCAAGGUGUGCAAGCGGCGGCUGCAGGCCCGGGCCCUGGCCGAGGCCGACAGCACCAAGAAGGAGGAGGAGCCCGGCCCGGCGCCGCGGCCCCCGGCUUCCGAGGGCCUGCCCGCCGCCGGUGCCGCCGCCGGUGCCGCCGCCGCCCGGGGCCCCCCGCCCGAGGCCCCGUUCCGCAGGAACAAGGAAGAGUGGAAGAGCUCGGCGCCGGCCCUCCCCGCCGGCCCUCCCGCGCCCGAGGAGCCUCCGGUCCCCGACGGGGCGGACACCACCCAGCCGGGCAUGGAGGGCGACCCCCCGCACCCCCGGGCCCCCCAGCUGCCGCCCCCGCCGCUGGCCGAGGCGUCCCUGUCCAGCCCCAGCAGCUCCACGGAGACCCUCCCCGCCGCCUGCUUCCCGGCCGUCCCGGCGGAGGCCCCCCUGGAGCCGGGGCCGCGGGCCGGCGGGGGGCCCCCGGAGGCCUUCUACCCGCCCCCCCCCGCCGCCGCCGCCGGCGCCCGGGCCGAGGCGGAGCGGGUGCAGGUGAAGGUCGAGGCGAUCGUCAUCUCGGACGAGGAGCCGGACGGCCCCGAGGAGAGGCCCGAGGGGCCGCUGGCGCCCGGCGAAGGGCUCUGCGGCGGGCGCCACCCCCCAGCCGAGGCCUUCGAGGAGCCCGGGGGCCCGGGGCUGGACGAGGUGGGGCCGGCUGACCACUUCCUGCCCCCCGACCCUCACCUGCCCUACCACCUGAUGCCGCCGGGCCCCGGGCAGUACCACCCGGGGCUGGUGACGCCCCCGCCGCCCGCCGCCGCCGCCGGCGGCGGCCUGCACGAGCCCCUCUACCUGCCGCCGGAGUACGAGGCGGCCCCCGGGGGCUUCGGCGUCUUCGCCGAGGACGUGCCCACCUGUAAGACCUGCGGGAAGACCUUCUCCUGCUCCUACACGCUGAGGCGGCACGCCACGGUGCACACGCGCGAGCGGCCCUACGAGUGCCGCUACUGCCUGCGCAGCUACACCCAGUCGGGGGACCUGUACCGCCACAUCCGCAAGGCUCACAACGAAGACCUGGCCAAACGCAGCAAGCCCGAUCCCGAAACCGCCCCCUCCUAGGGGCCCGGCCCCCCCCGAACCGGGCUUCAGACGGGCCGAGGUGCCCCGGCGGCCCUUGGCACCCGCUCGGGGGACGCAUCCCGACGCCGCCCAGAAUUGGGGGCCGACGCUGGGAUUUCCCCUCCUUGUCCUCGUUUGCGGGCGGGCGCGGGAUGCCGUCCCGAGGAACGGGUCACCCCGAAACAGCGGGAUGCCGAGCUCAUAGGGCCCCAUCUCCACCUGCCACCUUCCGUCGCCGCAGGAGGGUCCGGGGACGGAUAAAUCCAGACGUCAGGGUGCGAUCUCCCCGUCGCCGCAGACUCUCCAGGUCACCACCCCCCCGUCAGAAGCCUCACCGCCAUCCAUCCCUCGUGCGGGCACCCUCGCCGCCCGCCCCGCGCCCCGGUUCCUUUUCAGGCCCGCGGUCCGGAGGAUGAGGCGAGCGGGGCUUUCUCCGAACCGGCGUUUCUGGGGGUCCGCCUGGCUCAUCCUGAAUCCCCCAGACCUCCCGAGGGUUGGGCAUCCCGAUCCCGGGGGCCGGCCUCUCGAGGAGCGGGGAAGCGGAUCGGCCGGGGGAAAGGGAGCCGGAGGUCACUCUCGCUGGGGAAAUGUGAAAGCAGAUGGGCGAGCCCCGGGACGGAGGGACGCCGUGUAUCUUGUUCCUGGGCUCGGCCCGGAGGAAGCGCUUAAAUAAAUACCGUAACCGUAAAAGA